AUGAAUCGAGAAACCCACCCGGCAUUUCGCACCCGUCCCUCGACAAUCGCCUUACCCUCACUGAUUCGCCGCGGCGCCUGGCUGGCGUUACUGAUCGCUCUGUUCGCCGGUCUGCCGGCAGCUGCCGCGCCCGAGCUGAAAAUCAGGGCGAUCACGCCCGCUGGCGAGGAUGUUUCGGCAGAGCGCCAGAUCGUCAUCCAAUUCGAUCGGCCGAUGGUGCCGCUAGGGCGCAUGGAGCGCGAUCCGAGCGAGGUGCCGAUCGAGAUCACGCCGGCGCUGGACUGUGAGUGGCGUUGGCUGAACAACGCGGCGUUGUCUUGCCGGUUGAAGGAAAAGGGCUCUCUGGUGCCCGCCACCGCUUACCGGAUGGUGAUCACUGCCGAGUUCACAGCGCUCGAUGGGGCGCGUCUUGCGGCUCCUCGCGAGCACACGUUCUUGACCCGCCGGCCGCGGGUGGAGCGAGCUCGGUUCAUUGGCUGGGAGGGUCCCGGCAGCCCGACGGUUCAGUUGACUUUUGAUCAUCCGCCGGACACCACUUCAGUGGCUGAGCAUGUUUAUUUCAGCUACGGCGAUGGCGAACGGAUGGCGGCUCGGGUCGAGCUUCGCCAGCCCGGUAUGGAUGCUGCUUUGGAGCGCUACCGGGUGCUGAGACCCGUCGAGGUGCUGCCGCUCGGCAGUCUGGUGCGGUUGCGGGUCGAGCCCGGUCUGCGCUCGCUGCGGGGCCCGGAGCCGGGGGCGGAAGACCGGGUGGUGGUGGAGUUCGAGACUUUUCCCUCGGCUCGCUUUCUCGGCAUCCGCUGCCGUGACAACGAGGGGCGCGACAUCGGCUGGGGCCGAGCCGAUGGCGCCUGCAACCCGCUCGAGGAUGUCCGCCUGGUGUUCUCGUCCCCGAUGCCGGUCGACGUCUUGCGCGACUACCUGCAAGUCGAGCCCGACCUGGCCGGUGGCCGGGAGGACUACGAUCCGUGGGAAAAGGUCUACCGUUACUCGCGCUUGCAGAGUGUUCGGCGGGUCGGCGAGGUCUACGAGUAUCACCUGCCGGAGUCGCUCAAGGCGCGCUCGACCUACCUGCUGAGCGGUGCGGCGGAGAAGCUGCUGGACGAGUUCGGUCGUCCGCUGGUGCGGGAUAUGGCGGCGCAGUUCGAAACCUCGGACCGGCCGCCGAGAUUCGUCCUCACCCAUCCGAUCUCGGUGCUCGAGCGGCAGGUCGAGACUCAUGUGCCUGUGGUAGUUACCAACCUCGAAAAGCUCGAGCUGUCGGUGCGCGGGAUCACCCCACGGGGCUCGGUCGAGCACGCCCUCGAAGUGCCGGUGGCCGAGGCGCGCAACGUUGCCUUUGCCAUGCCGCUACGGGCUCGAGAGUGGUUGGCGGGCGGUUCGGGCGCGCUGUUCGGUACAACGACGUCAACGCCCGACUCCGGCACCAGUGCGGGUUAUUUCUUUACCCAGAUCACGCCUUUCGCGGUGCACGCCAAGAUCGGCCACCACAAUUCGCUGGUCUGGGUGACCGACCUGGCCAGUGGCCUGCCAGUGGAGGGCGCGAGGGUGCGGAUCUUCGCUGCCGCUCCCGAUCGGUUGCCGGCCGAGCCGGUGGCGAGGACUGUCGCCACCACCGGGCCGGCCGGUCUGGCACUGCUCGACGGUACCGCCAAGAUGGACCCUAAGCAGGACCUCGACGGCUAUCUGAACCUGCCCCACUACAUCGGCGACGAGCCCCUUCUGUGGGUGCGGGUCGAUUACCAGGGCGAGAUGGCGCUGCUGCCGGUGGACAGAGAUUUCACGGUUCGUGCAACUGGCCACGGCGAUUCGUGGAUUCCCAGCUGGAAGCGCCGCCAAUACGGCCACGUCCGGGCCUGGGGCACCUCCGCCCAGGGGGUCUACCGGGUUGGCGACACCUUGCAAUACAAGAUCUGGGUGCGCGACCAAGACAACCUGCGCUUCGUGCCGCCGCCUAAGGUGUCCUACAAGUUGCGGAUCAUUGAUCCGACCGGCAAGCAGGUGCACAAGGUCGACGAUGUCCAGCUCAACGCCUUCGGCGGUCUGGACGGCGAGUUCAGAGUGCCCGAGAGCGCCGCGGUCGGCUGGUACGACUUCGAGCUGUCGGCUACCGAACUGCCCGGUUCGCUUUAUCCACUGCGGGUGCUUGUGGCCGAUUUCACGCCGGCGCCGUUCCGGGUCAGCUCCGAUCUCAACGGUGAGCUAUUCCGGGCCGGCGACGAGCUCGAGGUCGCUACCGGUGCCCGGCUGCACUCCGGCGGUCCGUACCUCGAAGCCCAGACUCGGGUGACGGUCGCGCUUGCCACCACCUCGCUGCCGGUCGCGCCGGAGGCGCAGGGGUUUGACUUCGAGGUCGGCAGUCGCAGUCGCCGCACCCUGCACCAGCGUGCCGGAACCCUCGACGAUCGGGGCGAUCUGACGCAGACCUUCACUAUUCCCGAGAGCGAGGUCGUCCACGGUCGGCUGGCGAUCGAGAGCGCGGUGCGCGACGACCGCGGCAAGUACGUGGUCGGUCGCAGCUCGGCACGCUAUGUCGGGCGUGACCGCUUUGUUGGCAUUCGCCAGCCGGAUUGGAUUCUCCAGGGCGGCAAGCUGUCCGAGGUGUUGGCGUUGGUGGUCGACGAGCAAGGCCAGCCGGUGGCCGGCACCGAAGUCGAGACCCAAAUUGCCUACCGCCAAACCACCGCUUCGCGGGUCAAGGGUGCCGGCAAUGCCUACCUGACCCGCUAUACCCACACCUGGGUCGCGGUGGAUGAAUGCCGCGGAGUGGCUACCGUCGAGCCGCUGAGCUGCCACUUCAAGCCCGACAAGGCGGGCCUUUACCGCCUCACCCACAGCAUCUACGACCGCCAGGGCCGGCGUCAUUCGAGCUCUACGCGGCGCUGGGCCAGCGGCGCUGGCCACGUGGUCUGGGAGGUGCCGCCCGGGCACCAGAUGUCGAUCAUUCCUGAUCGCCGGGACUACCGGGUGGGCGAUACGGCCAAGUUCCUGGUGCAGAAUCCGUUCCCGGGCGCCCGCGCGCUGAUCACAGUCGAGCGGCUGGGGGUACAGCACAGCUCGACCCGAGUGUUGGAGCAAUCGGCCGAGGUCAUCGAGCUGCCGAUUACCGCCGAUCAUCUGCCGGGGUUCUACUUCUCGGUGGUGGUGACCUCGCCGCGGGUCGAGGCGCCGCUGGGCGAAGGCCAGGUGGACCUCGGCAAGCCGGGUUUCCGCAUGGGCUACGCUAAGAUCGAGGUCCGCGAUCCGGCCAAGGAGAUCGAAGUCGAGGUCCAGCCGGAACAGCCGCUCUAUCGGCCGCGCGACAAGGUCAAGGUUGAGCUGCUGGCUACGCCCCGCACCGCUUUUUCAGACGAUGCGGUCGAGCCCAUCGAGCUGGCCGUCGCGGUGCUCGAUGAGGCGGUGUUCGACCUGAUCGCCGACGGCAGCGCCUACUUUGAUCCUUACGCAGGCUUCUACAAACUCGGCGAACUCGACCUGGCCAACUACAACCUGCUGACCCGGUUGGUGGGGAUUCAGAAGUUCGAAAAGAAGGGCGCCAACCCCGGCGGCGGCGGUGGCAGUGCCGACCUUCGUUCGCUGUUCGAGUUCGUUAGCUAUUGGAAUCCGUCGAUCCAGGCCGACGCCGAAGGCCGGGCGACGAUCGAGUUCGAGGUGCCCGACAAUCUCACCGGCUGGCGGGUGCUGGCGAUGGCGGUGACCCCGGGCGAUCGGAUGGGGCUCGGCGAAGGCCACUUCGCGGUCAAUCUGCCGAUCGAGCUGCGCCCGACGCUGCCCAACCAGGUGGUAGAGGGCGACAUGUUCGAGGCCGGCUUCACGGUGAUGAACCGCACCGACACCGCCCAGCGCCUGCGCCUGCAAGCCAAGGUGUCGGGGCCGGCGGAGUCGAAAGGACUGGUCGAUCUAGAGUUCGAUGCAGCGCCCUACAAGCGCUUACCGGUGAGCUUUCCGGUGCGGGCAACAAGCUCCGGCGAGAUCGAGCUCAGCAUCGAGGCCAGCGGUGGCGGCGAGCGCGAUGGCCUGCGCCUGCGGCUGCCGGUGGCGCGGCGGGUGGCGCUCCAAACCGCCGCCACCUACGGCACCACCACCGACUCGAAGGUGACCGAGCAAAUCGCUUUUCCCGAAGGCAUCCGCACCGAUGUCGGUGCGCUCAGCCUGGUUGCCGGCCCGUCGGUGAUCGGUGGUCUUGACAGCGCUUUCGGCUACUUGCGCGAGUAUCCCUACGGUUGUUGGGAGCAGCGUCUCACCAAGGCGGUGAUGGCAAUGCAUUUUGCUCAGCUGCGGCCCUAUUUGGCCGAGGGUGCCGCGUGGCCGGGGCAUGCGGAGCUGCCGGCUAGCACCCUGCAACAGGCGGCCAACUUUCAGGCGCCCAAUGGCGGCAUGGUCUAUUACCUGCCCGAGGACCGCUACGUCAGCCCUUAUCUGUCGGCCUACACCGCGCUGGCCUUCGGCUGGCUGGCCGAGGCCGGUCACGCCUUACCGCCGGAUGUCGUAGAACGCCUCGACGGCUAUCUCGAGCGGCUGUUGCGGCGCGACGUGCUGCCGACCUUCUACAGCGAUGGCAUGGCAUCGAGCGUGCGUGCGGUGGCGCUGGCGGCCUUGGCCGAGCGCGGCAAGAUAACCGCCGCUGACUUGGAGCGUUACCGUCGCCAUCUGCCGCAGAUGGAUCUCUUCGGCAAGGCGCACUAUCUGCUCGCUGCCACCAAGCUCGGUGCCUCGACAGACGAUGCUGACGAGGAGCUCGAGCAGGAGGUCUACGACGCGAUCCUCUCCCACGCCGACCAAACCGGCGGCAAAGCCGUGUUCGCCGAGGCGGUCGACACCGACUUCCAACGCAUCUUGCAUUCCACCGCGCGCACCAACUGCGCAGUGCUCAGCGCUCUGGUCGAGCAGCAGGGCGAGGCCGCCAACGGCACCGGUGUCGGUGAUCUGCCCUUCCGUCUAGUGCGCUCGAUCUCGCAGGAGCGUGAGCGUCGCGAUCGCUGGGAGAACACCCAGGAGAAUGUCUUCUGUACCCGUGGAUUGAGCGCCUACAGCCGGGUUUACGAGAGCGUCGAGCCCCGCAUGCGGGUGGCGGUGAAGCUCGGUGGCGAGAAGCUCGGCAAGAUGCGUUUCACCGAUCUGCGCGACGCCCAGCAGCAGGUCGAGCGGCCGAUCGGCACCGGUGAUCCGGGCCGUCAGGCGAGUCUGCAAAUCGAGAAGCGGGGCCCGGGACGGCUCUACUAUGCCGCCCGCCUGGCCUACUCGCCGAGCGAGCUCGAGCGCCGGUCGAUCGAUGCCGGCUUGGUUGUGAACCGCGAGUACAGCGUCGAGCGCGACGGCAAAUGGCAGUUGCUCGCCGAGCCGAUGCGGAUUCGCCGUGGUGAGCUGGUGCGGGUCGAUCUCUACCUGUCGUUGCCGGCGGCGCGCAAUUUCGUGGUGGUCGACGAUCCGGUACCGGGCGGCCUGGAGCCGGUCAACACCGACCUAGCGACCGCCUCGACGGUCGAUGCCGAAAAAGGUGCCCACAUGCGCAGUGACGCGUCGUUCUGGUUUACCCACGACGACUGGCGGGGCUACGGCUAUUCGCGCUGGAGCUUCUAUUACUCUGAGCUGCGGCAUCAUGCGGCGCGCUUCUACUCCGACUAUUUGCCGGCGGGCAACUACCACCUGUCUUACGUUGCCCAGGCGAUCGCACCGGGCGACUUCCAGGUGUUGCCCACCCACGCCGAGGAGAUGUACGACCCGGAUGUGUUCGGCCAGAGCAUGCCGGCGAAGCUGAUUGUCGAGGGCGCUGACCAGGAGGCCGGCCAGUGA